AUGCUCAACGACAUUAGUGCGGACAUCAGGGCACUGGCAUCCCAGAUGGUCACUAAAAAUGACCUCCAGACCCUAUCGGACGACCUCCAUGCCGCAAUCCGCUUUGAGGUGGCGGCCCUGCGGUCCGAGAUCAAAGCGCAUGGCGGCAGACUCCAAACCCUGGAGGAAACGGUGCGAGAGACGGCAGAGAGGGCAGGAACCAACACCACUGCAACCACUAGACAGGGGUACAUGCUACUGGCCCUCCGAAGACAGACAGAGGACUUAGACAAUAGGAGCAGCCGCUCAAACAUCAGCGUGCGCGGACUUCCCGAACCAUCCACCGAGGAAGAUGUGGAGGCCACGUUGAAGGCCCUCUUUCGAGAAAUACUGGGAGCUGACAUGCCAGAUACCUUAACAUUUGACCGAGCACAUAGAGCUAACAGACCCAGGCUGGCAGACAGCACCCCACGUGAUGUCAUCUGCUGCCUGCACAACUACAAGCACAGUCCGCUAUGGAGAUUCCACGGUGCAGACAUGGCCUUAUUUCAAGACCUAUCACUACUCACACUUGAUGCCCACAGAGCCUUGCGCCCCAUAACAUCACUUCUCAGAGAGAGGAACAUCCCCUAUAAAUGGGGGUUCCCUUCUGCCUUACUUGCAAGACACCAAAAUGAAUGGGUGCCCCUGCGCUGGCCGGAGGAGAGCCCGGGAUUUUUACGCUGUAUGGGCCUACCACCCACUGAAAUAGCAGAUUGA